GAUUCAGAGAUGGGCAGUGAGAAGGAGCAGAACCCAGAGCAUCACCUCCCUGAGGAAGGGGAACUGGGUAAGCCUUGGAGAGUGGAUGACUCAGAUGGGGAGAAAGAGCACAAGCGGGAGAACCUGUCGGAGGGGCCACAAGGAACCUACCCAAACAAGCUGUGGGGGAAAGUCACUCCAGCUGGAGAGCCAGGGGCCCCCAUUGCUCACCCAAGGCCCGAGGUGGAAGAGAAGCCCUUUAUAUGUGCCCAGUGUGGCAAGACUUUCAAUAAUACCUCCAAUUUGAGAACACAUCAGCGGAUCCACACUGGUGAGAAGCCUUACAAGUGUUCUGAAUGUGGCAAGAGCUUCUCCAGAAGCUCUAACCGUAUCCGGCACGAGCGGAUCCAUCUAGAAGAGAAGCACUACAAAUGUCCCAAGUGUCAGGAGAGCUUCCGGCGGCGCUCAGACCUCACCACGCACCAGCAAGAUCACCUGGGCAAGCGGCCAUACCGCUGUGACAUCUGUGGCAAGAGCUUCAGCCAGAGUGCCACGCUGGCUGUGCAUCACCGGACCCAUCUUGAGCCAGCGCCCUACAUUUGCUGUGAGUGUGGGAAGAGUUUCAGCAACAGUUCCAGCUUUGGUGUGCACCACCGCACGCACACAGGCGAGAGGCCUUAUGAGUGUACUGAGUGUGGGCGGACCUUCAGUGAUAUCUCCAACUUUGGGGCACAUCAGAGGACCCACAGAGGGGAGAAGCCCUACAGAUGCACUCUAUGUGGGAAGCACUUCUCCCGGAGCUCAAAUCUCAUCCGACACCAGAAAACUCACAUGGGAGAGCAGACUGGCAAAGAUUCCAGCUGAAGUAGAGACUCAUUUAGAGAGUGAGAGAGAGAAAGACCCCAGCCUAGGGUAGGAAGAUCUUUAGGAUCAUCUGUGCUCCCCUUGACCUCAAGCCCAAUAUCCUA